AAACUCAUCUGAUAAAAUACAACGAGAGCUGGAGGAAUCAAAGACACCGACUACACGGUCCUCCCUUAUCGCUCGAGCAGCACCACCGAUCCCGCAGCACGCCUCCAGCUCUGUUUUUUUUUUUUUUUUAAUCAAAGCACGCAAACAAUAGCGGCUGAAAAGGAUCGAGAGGAAUAUAUCACCCGCUUAUAACAGAACAAUGAACGCGGGCUGAUUUCUCAGGAGUCAGUCAGUCAGAGAGGUUUGGAACAACAUGAGGGGACAGACGAACUGUUUGAGGAUAAAUGGGUUCAAGGAAAUAUGAACUACAGUGAGGCCUCCUGCUGACCCUUCUCCAGUUGGGUCUGGAGUGCAGCGGCGUGUGGCCGAGAGGACUUCUGAAAGAUGAAGUCCAGUCUGAAACAGUGGCGACGGCUGGCCCUCGGCCUCAUGCUGGUCUGGGUGCUGCUGUUCCUGGCGUUCCUCUCCUACUUCAUGGAGUCCCGAGUGGACGACCCACACUCAGCGGCCGCCCUCUCCUAUACGGACACACGCCGCCUGACCUCGUUGCAGGGCAACCCCCGCACCAUUAUGGCCACCCAUUUGGUGCUUGGCACCUCUUCAACCCCCCCAGUCUCCAGCAAUACCCAACAGGAGCAAAGCCUGGAGGAAAAUCCCAGCGCCGACCCCCAGCCCAGUCCGCUCAGCCAGGAGGCCUACCCCUAUCCCGACCCUCAGAGCCUGGCGGCCUGGUCUGCAUUUGGCACCCAGGACCUGGGCUCCAGAUCAGCCGCUGUGAGUCGCAUCCGUGAGAGACAAGAGUAUAAUCAAGAUUCCCGACAACAGGAUGAAGAAGAGGACGAGGAAGAGGUGGUGGGAGGGGAAGAGGAAGAUGAGGAGGAGGCAGAUGACAGCAGGAGGAGGACGACUAAACGGGUGGCUAGGCAUGAAGACUCUGACCCGGAUGAGUACUACGUUCCCAGGUCAAAAUCUGUCGUGCGCAGCCUGUGGAAAGGGAGUUUGUCCGUGGGCAUGCUUAGUCCUCGCUUGCAGACUGCUAUGAAAGACUAUCUGAAUAAUAAUAAACACGGCGUGGCCUACAGGGGGCACCGGAAGGCACAACAGAGCGGCCAACAGGUAUUGUGUGAGCUGAAGAAGGGGGAGAAGGUUCGAACUUUGGAUGGGGCUGAGAUGCCUUUCUUCAAAUUAGGCUGGCAGAAGAUUGUACCUGCCUUACCUUUAAGCCAGCUGUAUGGGCCUGGCUUCCAGACCUGCGCUGUGGUCACCUCUGCUGGAGCAAUGCUUCACUCGGGACUUGGCAAGGAGAUUGACUCCCAUGAUGCAGUGCUGCGCUUUAAUACAGCUCCUACAGAGGGUUAUGAAAGAGACGUUGGGAAUAAAACCACAAUACGCAUCAUCAACUCUCAGAUCCUUGCGCAUCCCAAGCAUCAGUUCAACACAAGCUCAUUGUAUAAGAAUGUAACGCUGGUGGCAUGGGAUCCCGCUCCAUACACCCUCAACCUGCACAAAUGGUACUCCAAUCCAGACUACAACCUGUUCACUCCAUAUAUGAAGCACAGGACUCACUUCCCUAAGCAGCCUUUCUACAUCCUGCACCCGAAAUACAUCUGGCAGUUAUGGGACGUGAUUCAGGCUAACAAUCUGGAGAACAUCCAGCCCAACCCGCCCUCCUCAGGGUUCAUAGGCAUCCUGAUGAUGAUGUCCUUAUGUGAAGAGGUUCAUGUGUACGAGUACAUUCCUUCACUGCGACAGACGGACCUGUGCCACUACCACGAGCGUUACUACGACGCCGCAUGCACUCUGGGUGCGUACCAUCCCCUGCUCUACGAGAAGAUGCUCAUCCAGCGCAUGAACGUCGGGUCCGAGGACGACCUCAAACGAAAAGGCAAGGUCACACUCCCCGGAUUCAAGAACGUCCACUGUGAGCCCUGAACAGAAAGAUGCAAUAACGGCAGAAGAGAUCUGCAGACGACACAGGACCGCACCGAGACUGUUGAGAAAGGACCUUGUUAGAUACGAAACAAACCUUCUGCUGUAGUUCAUACAAAAAAAAAUGCUUUUCCUGAGCCUAAGCUUAGAAAAGAUGAUCAGAACAGCAAUAGAUAUGUCAUGAGAAAAGCUUUUUAGGUCUGUGGAUGUUCAUGGUGUUAAAAGCCAUCAGAAAACAGUGUUUGGUUUUUAAUUUAAUUUAAUUAUUUUUAACGGAACUCUGUUUUUCACAGGGUUGAAAGUAUUAGCAGUCGUAAACACUGAAAGCUACACUGUUGGGGUGGAAAAAAAAUUCACACAAAUACAUUUUAGCACAAAGGCUAGAUUUAUUCUCUGACUGAAGAUGAGCUUUAUUAAUCUGUUCACAGAUUUGUUUUCCACAUACUGACAGAUUUGAAAGCUUCUCGCCAUAAUGCUAUGAUUGUUUUUGUAAAUUAGGUGUCGUUUUCUGCUGUAAUAUACCUAGUGCCACAUUCACAAGCCUCUUUGAGAAUAUUUUGCUCUUCCAGAACGUCUCGCUGAACUGUGGCAAAUGAAUCAAUAGUGUUUUCCUACUGUCUAAAUGUUCUUUUAAAACGGAGUACUUUAAUGUACUUGAUUUUAAAAUCAGCUUAAAGGAGAUUUUGAAUGUGACCAUGGUUAAUUUAACUCUCGUUUUAUACUUUGAAAAACCAGUCUAGACAGGUGGUUUACAGAAAAUGGUUAUUAUUGCUUGUACUAUGGACUCAAUGCAGCACUGUAAAUCUUAUUUGGGACUUUAAGGCUGCUGGCAAUAUAACAAGUGCAGUGGGGAUAUUAUUUGUUAAUUAUAAACUUUAAGGUUUUUAAUAUCUUGUAGCCCCUAAAAUCAAGAAGUCUCCAGCUGGAGUCGUCUUUAAAAGCGAAUGAAUUGUCGUCUUCUCUUAAAUGUACAGUUAAUGCGAUUUCACUUUGUGGUUUGACUUUUCUACAGGAGAGAAAACUUGAAGGUUUAUUUACUCAUGUGCAUUGUUUCAAUGUGUGCCAUUUUAAUUGAGAUCGAACACUUUCACAAGCUGAUUUUUCUGGAGAUCUGGUGAGGGGAGCUAGUGUCCAUUUUAAUCUCUGUUGUAUAUUGUAGACGUAAAACUAGUAAUUGAUGAUUUCACUCAGGAGCUCACGAUACUCUCUCACCAGGGUGAAAUAUUUCAUUUUCCUUCUAGUCCUAUGAUAGGCUGAGAUGUGUAAAGCUAAUAUUUGACCUUUACUUUGUCCUGUUUCCCCAUGUUGGGGGAUUGUAGAUGUUGAGAAACGAAAAGUGUGACUUUUUUGAACUCUUUUUAUGUGGAAUGCGAAAUUAGGUUUUGGAUGUAAAUACUUUCUCACUGGUUUAGAGCAGCUGAACCUGCAGUGUGUCGUCGAUGUUGGGCUGGCCGUGGUUGUCGCGCUUGUGUGACCAAUCACAGUCCAUCGCACUUGCCUCCAAUCUGUGACAGUCAGAUAAUUAAAUAGGGGUUUUCUGUUGUUG